AUGGAUCCUCGCGUCGACAUCGUCGAGACGAAGCUCUGCCUGGACCAUCUCAGGAGGCCACCAGGUUAGUGAUUCUUCAGGUAAGUGAAUUUCCUUUUGUUGUAUUCUGCUCCUGUUGCCUGCUCUCAAUAUGUUAGUCCUGUCUGUUAAUAGCUAGAUGAAACUGUGCUUGAUCACGAAUGAUGUCAUUCCUAACUUGUCGCACUCGCCUUCUUAUUUGUCUGCUUAAUUCCUGUGCUGUCUGCCGCUCUUGAUGCCUUCUGCGACUGUUUGUCUGUAUAUCAGUUUAUGCCUCUCUGCUAACAGCUAGGUGUUACUGUGCUUGAUCUUGAAGGAUGCCCUCCUACUUCUGUCUCUGACUGAUGACUGUAUCUGCCUGUCCAUUCUAGCUGUAAGUUCCAUAGCAUUCUGUUGGUGUGUUUGCGCUGGCCGGAUGGAUCUUCGCGUCGACAUCGUCGAGACGAGGCUCUGCCUGGACCAUCGUAGGCGGCCACCAGGUAAGUUCCCGCUCAGGUAAGUGUGCUUGCUUUGUUUCUUCCUUUUGUUUGUUGAAGUUCCGCGUCGCACACUCCGCUUGCUGCCUGCCCUUUAUAUGCUAGUCUGUCUGUUAAUAGCUAAACGACACCCUCUAUGCCUGCUGCGAUUGUCUGUCCGUCAGUCUAUGCCACUCUCCACUAAUAGCUAGGUGUUACGGUGCUUGACUUUGUGUGGUGCCCUCACUUUGUCUCUGACUGAUGAGUGUGUCCGCUUGUCCACUCUAGUUCUAAGUGCCAUAGCGUUAGGUAGUGUGUAUGCUCUCUCCUACUUCACUCAAUGACAUCAUCACCAUCACCGCCAAGGUCCCAGGCUAACUCGGGUCGUUCUCUCACUAAAAAAAGUCGUGGCCCAUAGUGGAGUCCGGCAGCCGUCUGGGGUAACCGGGCAGCCCUAUUCAGGGAUGCGUUGCCUGCCCCCGCGAGGGGGAGGGGACUAGAAAAGGUGCCCUAAAGAUCGCUGGGAACCACGCUGUCUGUAGCCUGGCCGUGGCCGCAGACAUAACACACAUGGUCGAAACAGCCAAAACCGAAACAACAACAACAAUCACUCCCUUCCCCGUCAAGCCUAUUCUAGUUCUUCCCCUAGUCCUAGUUUUCGCCGACGCAGUCGCCAGACUGGCAGGGUGAGCCCGCUCACUCUGUCAGCCUGGAAUGUUCGUUCCCUUUUAGACAAUCCGAGGAUCAACCGACCGGAACGGAGGACGGCUCUAGUGGCACGAGAACUGGCGCGCUACAAGGUGGACAUCGCCGCACUCAGUGAGACCCGAUUCUCCGAACAUAGCCAACUGGAGGAGGAGGGUGCCGGUUACACCUUCUUCUGGAGUGGUCGACCCAAGGCAGAGCGACAAGACGCGAGUCUCGCCUUCGCCAUCCAGACCGACAUCGUGGGACGACUGCCCUGUCUGCCGCAGGGCAUCAAUGAUCGCCUGAUGAGCCUCCGUCUGCCUCUCCGGGGUGGGGGCAAAUUCGCCACCAUCAUCAGCGCCUACGCUCCGCUGAUGACCAGCCCCGACGCCGCACUAGACAAAUUCUACGAGGACCUGCACGCCCUCUUGGCGACUGUGUCGAAGGCGGACAAGUUGAUUGUCCUUGGCGACUUCAACGCCCGCGUCGGCACAGACCAUACUGCCUGGAGAGGAGUGCUGGGUCCUCACUGUCUCCGCGGCUCCAACGACAACGGCCUGCUUCUCCUCCGCACCUGCGCAGAACACCGCCUCAUCCUGACGAACACGUUCUUCUGUCUGCCGGAGCGAGAGAAGGCCAUCUGGAAGCAUCCUCGGUGGCGUCAGUGGCACCUGCUGGACUAUGUUCUCGUCCGGAGGCGAGAUCAGCGGGACGUGCUGGUGACAAAGGUGAUCGCGGGUACUAACGGGUGGACCGACCAUCGCCUCGUCAUCUCGAAGAUGCGUAUUCGCCUACAGCCUCGCAGGAGACCACAAGGUAAGCGACCCCCAGGCAAGCUGAAUACUGUCUUGUUGUCUUUGCUCGUUCACCAUCUUCAUUUCAGCAACGAGCUAGCUCAACGGCUUGACAACAUUCCCAUAGCUGCUGACACCGCCGUUGCCGAAAACGCCUCCGUGGAGAACCGCUGGUGUCAACUGCGGGACACGGUCCAGUCAACGGCGCUCGCCGUCCUCGGUCGCGCUCCCCGCCAACACCAGGACUGGUUCGACGAUAACGACGCCGUCAUCAGCAAUCUGCUCGCCGAGAAGAACCGCCUACAGAAAGCCUACGUAGACCACCCCACUGACGACAACAGAGCUGCUUUCUACCUCAGUUGCCGCCAGCUUCAGCAACAACUGCGCGAGAUGCAGGACGCCUGGACUGCUCGCAAAGCUGAGGAGAUCCAAGGCUUCGCGGACCGCAACGAAUGGAAGAACUUCUUCUCCGCGAUCAAAGCUGUCUACUGUGCGCCGACGAAGGACAAUUCUCCUCUUCUCAGCGCCGACGCCAGUACUCUCCUGACUGAGAAGACACAAAUCCUACAACGAUGGGCUGAGCAUUUCCGAGGCGUCCUCAACCGCCCCUCCGUCAUCUCCGACGCCGCCAUCGAGCGUCUGCCGCAAGUGGAGACAAACGUGGACCUUGACCUCCCACCAUCUCUCCAGGAAAUUAUCAGGACCGUGCAGCGGCUCUCCAGCGGGAAAGCACCCGGAUCGGACGCAAUCCCUGUUGAGGUUUACAAGCACGGCGGUCCCCAGCUCAUGGACCACCUGACUGCGCUCUUCCAGGAGAUGUGGCGUCAAGGUGAAGUCGCGCAUGAUUUCAAGGACGCAACCAUCAUGCAUCUCUACAAGCGAAAAGGCAACAGCCAAGUCUGCGACAAUCACUGCGGCAUCUCCUUGCUGAACAUCGCCGGAAGGACCUUCGCUCGCAUCCUCCAAAAUCGUCUAAAUAACCAUCUCGAACAGGGCCUUCUGCCGGAAAGACAAUGA